UAUCAUUAUCGUGCAGUUGUCUAUUCGAAAACCAGAAAUUUAUUAUUUAAUAAUUUACACGUAUAAAUAAAACCAUGAACCAGCAACCUCAAUCGUCUUCUACACAAGGUAGCCGUUUAAAACUGGCAUUUCCAGGAUUACGUGAUGCUAUACUAGGAGUUGUUCCUAUGACACUAUGUUUUGUAGUAAUGGAAACAUCAUAUAAUGAAGACCGCAGAAUGAAAUUGCACUAUUUUUCCUAUCAACCGUUUUCAGUUAGCGCACUAUCAAAUAAUAAUGAGAUACGAAUAUGUAUUCAACAGCAAGAUGUUUACACCCUUCCAUAUAAUUCCUAUCUUUUGAUGGAUGGAAAACUCUCGGGAGUUCCUACCGGCUUAGAUAUACAAUUGGUUAACAAUUGGCUAGCUCACUGCUUUACCGAAAUAAGAUAUUUAUUGAAUUUAAUAGAAGUAGAUAGAUUACGUAUGCCUGGGAUAAUGUUUACAAUAAAAGGAAACAUUACAGCAUAUUGCUUAAUUGUACACGACAAAAUGUUUGAAUAUAAUCCUAUGACUAAUGAUGAAUACAUAAAUCGAAAGCAGAUAGUUUAA